AUGGCCCGGCGGAGCGCGCUCUCCAUCCGCAUCGUGGAGGGCAGGAACCUGCCCGCCAAGGACAUCACGGGGAGCAGCGACCCGUACUGCAUCGUGAAGAUCGACGAUGAGGCCAUCAUCAGCCAGCCCCCCUUUCACAGCGUCUCCAUCUACGUCAUGGAUGAGGAUGCGCUCAGCCGUGAUGACGUUAUCGGGAAGGUCUGCAUCACCCGGGACAUGCUGGCGGAGCACCCCAAGGGCUACAGCGGCUGGGUGAGCCUCAGCGAGGUGGACCCCGACGAGGAGGUGCAGGGGGAGAUCCAUCUGCGGGUGGAGGCCCUGGGGAGCCAGGGCGGCCGGCGGCUGCGCUGCACCGUGCUGGAGGCCAGGGAUUUGGCUAGGAAGGACCGGAACGGCGCCUCCGACCCCUUCGUCCGCUUGCGCUACAACGGGAAGGCGCAGGAGAGCACCGUGGUCAAGAAAUCCUGCUACCCCCGCUGGAACGAGACCUUCGAGUUCGAGCUGGCCGAGCCCGCCGGGGAGAAGCUGUGCGUGGAGGUGUGGGACUGGGACCUCGUCGGCAGCAACGACUUCCUGGGCAAGGUGGUGUUCAGCGUCCAGGGGCUGGAGGCGGCCGGGCAGGAGGAGGGCUGGUUCAGGCUGCGGCCGGACAAGUCCAAGCCGAGGGAGGACGAGCGCCGAGGCAGCCUGGGCUCGCUGCAGCUGCAGGUGAGGCUGCGGGACGAGACGGUGCUGCCCUCCCACUGCUACCAGCCCCUGGUCCAGCUCCUGUGCCAGGAGGUUAAGUCGGGGCGCCAGGAUGGCCAAGUGCACCUGGUCACGCUCCUGGAUGAAACCACCACGGCCGAAUGCCGGCAGGAGGUCGCCGUCAACUUGGUCAAACUCUUCCUGGGCCAAGGGCUGGUCAAGGAGUUCCUGGACCUGCUCUUCGAGCUGGAGCUGGCCAAGCCCUGCGAGCCCAACACUUUGUUCCGGAGCAACUCCCUGGCCUCGAAGUCGAUGGAGUCCUUCCUCAAGGUGACGGGGUUGCCGUACCUGCAUGCCGUCCUGGGACCCACCAUCACCCGUGUGUUCGAGGAGAGGAAGUAUGUGGAGCUGGACCCCGGCAAGGUGGAGAUCAAGGACGUUGGGUGCUCGGGGCUGCACCGGGUGCAGACGGAGGGCGAGGUGAUCGAGCAGGGCCGCCAGCACCUCCAGUCCUACCUGGGCGAGCUGCUGGACGCCAUCGUCAAGUCGGCCCCGGCAUGUCCCCCCGUCAUCCGCGCCACUUUCCGGCAGCUCUUCCGGCGCGUCGGGGAGCGCUUCCCCCAGCACCAGCACACCAAGUUCGUGGCCGUCACCAGCUUCCUCUGCCUCCGCUUCUUCUCGCCGGCCAUCAUGACCCCCAAGCUUUCACGCAGGUGGGGUUUUCUGGGUGCCUGGCUGCUUCCCACUGGGGAGGGCUGCGUCGCCGCCGGUGACGCCACUAUCCCCGGGGGUCUCCAGGCCGUCCAGAUGGUGGGCAACAUGGAGCCGGCGGCCGGGCGGGCCAAGGAGGCCUGGCUGGCCCCGCUGCUGCCCGCCCUGCAGCAGGGCAUUGCCCAGAUGAAGGACUUCAUCGCCCGGCUGGUGGGGACGGAGGAAGAGGAAGAGGAGGAGGAAGGUGAGGGGUGGCCGCCGGGCCCCCCCCGUAGCGGUGCCAUUGCCCUGGCCGACAUCCUCGCUGCCGAGAAGGUGGAGGAGAAGAGCUUUGGGAGCUCCCACGUUCUACGGGGCGCGGGCGGGCGGCAGGAGACAGCCUACCUCCAGUGCAAGUGCGUCAACGAGCUGAACCAGUGGCUAGUCUGACAGUGGCUGUCGGCCCUGCGCAAGGUGUGUGUCAACAACCCCCGCGUGCUCCGCGCCUACCACCCCGGCGUCUUCCGUGGGGACAAGUGGAGCUGCUGCCACCAGAGGGAGAGGACAGGGCUGGGGUGCGACCGGACCCGGCACGGCGUCACCCUGCAGGACUGGAGCGACCCCCUGGACCCCGCGGCAGAGGCGCAGCGCCUCUUCCACCACCUCCAGGGCCUCCGAGGGACCCUGGGUGGCAGCACUGGUGGUGCUACUGGUCGUGGCACUAGUGACAUCGCUGAUGGCCCCGCUGGUGCCAUUUCCGGUGGCCCUACUCGCGGCGGCGGCAUCAUCACGGGUGGUUCUGCUGGUGGCCUGGUGAAAGCACUGCUGGUGGCUCUGCUGGUGGCAGCACUGGUGACAGCGCUGAUGGCCCUGCUGGUCCCAUUUCUGGUGGUUGCAGUGGUGGUGUCUCUGGUGGUUCUGCCGGGGACAACAACGCUGAUGGUGUCACUGGUGUUGGUGCUCCUCAUGGCAUCACUGAUGACAUCACCGUCGGCCCUGCUGGUCCCAUUUCUGGUGGUUGCAGUGGUGGUGUCUCUGGUGGUUCUGCCGGGGACAACGCUGAUGGUGUCACUGGUGUUGGUGCUCCUCAUGGCAUCACUGAUGACAUCACCGUCGGCCCUGCUGGUCCCAUUUCUGGUGGUUGCAGUGGUGGUGUCUCUGGUGGUUCUGCCGGGGACAACAACGCUGAUGGUGUCACUGGUGUUGGUGCUCCUCGUGGCAUCGCUGAUGACAUCACCGGCGGCCCUGCUGGUGGCACCGACGGGGCACUGA